CUCGGCCAGUACGAAAUCCAGCAUGCUGUUUUAUACGUGAAGAUUAACAAGAAACAAAAACGGUUUCUGGUGGAUUUGGUAAUUGUUGGAAUUCAAAGAAAGAUUAAGGUUGACUUGAGGCACUCAAGUCAACAAGAUGGAGAACAAACCAGGAAAAAGCUACAAAACCAAGAGGCCUAAACAGUCCAACACGAGUGGGGUUACUUUCAACUCCAUCCAAAUAAAAAUGGAACCAAGAUUUGAGCAGAAGGAAAUGGGUGACCAUUCCAAACUUUCCUUGCUGAAGAAGCAUGUCAAGAAACAUCAAACUACAUCCAACCAAGCGACCCUGUGUAGCCAGAUAUCAUGGAGUCCUCUAGUGAUGCUAACAAGAUUGUCUAAUGUGGUGGUUAAGACUCUUCUGAGAGACACUAAAGUGUGUUUAGUGAAGGAAGAGACGGAUGCCAGGAAGGAUGAAGACAACAAUGGAGUUUUGUCUCCUCAGUUCUUCCCUUGUCCACACUGCACCAUCUCCUUUACUGACUGUUACUUCCUGGAGAGUCACAUCAAGAACAAACACCAGAAGCAGUACCUGGCCAUGUUGAAAAGCCAAGUCUCAAAGAGUAAAACAGUGUAUGGCCCCACACACAGCUGUCCCCACUGUAGCUGCAUGUUCCAUACACCACGACAGCUAGACAUCCACACCCGCAAGGCCCACCCCUCUGCCCUUGCCCGGAAACCUGCCCAUCCCCGCAGGGUUCCGGGGAAACUCCACCCCUGCCCGCAGUGUGCCCGAAGAUUCCCGUACCUGGGCACCUUGCUGAAGCACUGCAAGAAUUUGCACAAAAUGGCCGUUGUUCGCAUCGAUGGACACAUCAGUUGCGCUGACUGUGGGAAGAGCUUUGAGAAUUGCUGGGGCCUGGGGCCUCACCGGUGUCACGAACCAGAGGGUUCUAAACCUAAGGACACUAAACCUGUGAUCUGUCUGGAAGUCGGCUUCCAUUGCUCAGAAUGUGGCAAGAUCCUCACUACUCCUACGAGCCUGAACACUCACAUGCGCAUCCACACCGGAGAGAAGCCUUACGAAUGCAAAGAGUGCGGCAAAAGAUUCUCGAAUGGCAGCAGUUUAGGCAAACACCUGCUGAUACACAAGGGGGUCAAAGAAUUCAAAUGCCAGGAUUGUGGGAAGGCUUUCGCCCAGGCAAACCUUCUCAGGAAUCACAUGACUGUUCACUCUGGUGAGAGAAAGUUCUCCUGCUCCCAAUGUGACAAGCGGUAUGCAUACAGGGGUAGUCUGGAGCUUCACCUGCGCGUACACUCAGGGGAGAGACCUUUCAAAUGUACUGUGUGUGGUAAAGACUUUGCUGACAAAUGUUAUCUGAAAACGCACCUGAAUAUACACAACAACCAGAAAAACUACCAUUGUGGGGUUUGUGGGCGGAAGUUCAUAAGGCUUGGGUUGUUGAAGUUACACAUGCGCUCACACACCGGGGAGAGGCCCUACCACUGUACAGUGUGCAACAAUAAGUUUUUUAGACUCUCACACCUGAAGAACCAUCAUCUCACUCACACAGGUGAGAAACCAUACACCUGCACCGAGUGCGGUAAAAGCUUCACUCAGUCUGGAGAUCUGGCCAAACACAAGCGCUUCCACACUGGGGAAAGGCCAUUUGAAUGUUCUGAAUGCCACAGCCGGUUUAUCUGUUCAGGUUCUCUGACCCUGCACAUGAGGACCCACACUCACCGUGAUGUAAAGCCAUACUCCUGCCAAGAGUGUGGGAAGAGCUUUUAUGAACAGAGUCACGUUAAAGUCCACAUGAAAAUCCACAAGGGGAAACCGUAUUCUUGCCCCCACUGCUUUUUUUACUUUGCUCGCAAGAGCAACCUCUCCAAUCACCUGCCUAGAUGUCCUAAACGUAAAUGAGUUAAACCUAUGAAUGAAUAGGAGGGGGAUUCGUUCCCUUCAGUGAUCGAUGCUUGACAACAGAUGCAAACAAUGUACCCCUACUAUGUAUAGUAACUCCAUAUCACAGAAUCUACCUAUGAUAACACAAUGUCUUUAGUAAUAGUCAAAUUUGUUCACAUACAGUACCAGUCAAAAGUUUGGACACCAACUCAUUCA